UAAAAAUUGGCGGUUGCGGUUGUUGCUUGUAGUCCUAAUACUCCUGACUACAAAAUAAGCUUUAACAAAUGUGAGCUCAUACGAAAUGUAACCAAACCGAUAGUUAAAACAAAUGUUACUAUAUUUGUUUGGUUCCUGUUUGUUUGAAAACAGUUUCUUAAAUGUAUGUGGACAAACUUGAAACAAAGUUCGGAGGCUAACUUUGUCGCUAACAGUUCAAGCUAGCUGGUUAUCCGGGGGCUUUUGAUCACUUCGCAGGAUUUACCUCCCGAAUAAUGGCGAACCCGAUAUUACUGCAGAAGAAGAAUGGCAAGUAUUUGUGGUUUGCUCUUCUCGGGCUCGGAUUUCAACCAGACUCUGAGAUGUCGUCAAUCGCCGGCAAAACCAACAUCAACAUCAACAUCAAACACAUCAACCUGGGACCGAAUAUGUUCGACAAACCAAACAAGGACGCCUUCUACAUAGUGACACAUUUCCUGUUGUUAAAACUCAACCCAUCACGAUUCAAUGAGGCAUUCAGGCACUGCUGGCCGGUUUUGAAUCAGAAAGCAGAUGUUGAAUUCCGCAAAGUUACUUGUGCCUGGCUACGAGAAAUAAUGGAUGAAACUGCAAAUGCAGGAUCCAAAGUGGUAGCAUCCUUGUUCCUGUCACCUGGAGGUCCCAAGUUUGUCAGCUUGAUGCUUCAUCUGGCCAAUUAUGUCAUGCUGCAGGAAAUGAAGACAUUCACCACAGGUGACAGCUGGGUUCCUGAGGGUGCAGCUAUGCCGGCUUCUUCCUUUGACAUGGCAGUGAAGCGACACAAUCUAACCCAUUCCAGGUUUUUAAAAGCUGCCGUGGACCAGGAUCGUUUUCUUCAUGAGUACCAGAAACGAGCCCAGAUCCUUGUGAAAUCAAAGAAGGAAGCCGGAGAAGAGUGUGCCAAAUAUGAUGAGCUACUCAAGCGUUUUAGCGGUGAUUCUACAGAAGAGGAAACUUCUACAGCUGAGAAGACACAAAAGGUACGCUCCCUGUGGUCGACUGUUGAUGAAAUGCUCUCAACCACUAAAGAGGAGCAGCAGGCAGUGGGAAGUGUUUUGAAGGGGGAUGUAGAUCGACACGUACUGGAUGGAACGAAUAGAGUACUCAAAAUUCCCCGGACGCUGCUGGAGAGAGUUGAACAGCUCCCACACCAGUUGAGUUCAGGGAAUGUGUACGAGGCCGGCCAGCUGAACCUCCUGUGUGUGUUUGAGCUGACGAACCACGCGCUGCACCUCUUGAGGGAGGAGCAAUCUCGGGUCUCUGGCGCCCCAAAGCCCCGGCUCAGUCCAGAACCUCUGCAGGAGAAGUGUCAGCAGAUGGCCCGUGUGCUGCAAGAGCUCCACCUCAUCAGGCAGAACAUUUCCAAGGAAGGACUUCCUGAGGUUAGGAGUAACAUCGGGGAGUUGGAUGCCGAGUGGGACAAGAAGUGGAUGCAAACCCUGAAAGAAACACCACUAGUAUCUUUUCUGAAUGAAGAUCCUGCUCUGGGCUUCCUCUCACCAAUGGCUCCACUGUCUUUUGAACCAGCUGCUGAUGCCUCUUACACGAGUGGCAUCUUCUCCCAGUUCCCUGCAUCACUUCUUGAGGAGAAGCCUGCAGAGAGUAAAUCACAUGACGGAUUACGUGACACUUCUUUUAACCAGAGCAGCUCUUACCCUACGGCAGCUGAAAGGAUCGAAAGUCCUGUUGUCACCACUGCAGCAUCAUCUCAAGCAAACACCUCUCUUGACUGGCUGUUUGACACACCUCCAGCUCCUCCUGCUGUAUCUCCAUCUGUAGCACCACCUCAGGCCAGUGUGAGGAAAACAGCCCAUGUUCAACCGAAGACUUCUACCACAAGACACAAGUCUCAAAUACUCAAUAUGGAGUGUGAUAACCUUGCUGACCAGUUUGCAGAUGCUGUGACUACGACAAGUCCUGCAGACGGCAGGGUCAAAGGGCGUGACUUGGAGAGCCUCUUGAGCACUCUUCAUAGAGAUCCCUUCUCCACAAAAAAGCAGCUGCCCCGAACACCUGAGAGCCUGAUCAUGGAUGUGAAGAACUCCUGGCGUAAGGCACUUCGGGAAGACAAAGCUGAGAAAAUGGGACAUUCGGCAACAUUUGAAGACAGUGUGAUGGGGCGACUCACCCCCCUUGAUGAGCCUCGCAAUGUGUUGCUGAGCCCAGAUUCUUCCUCCAAGAGUUUCACUUACAGUAUCAAACCUAUAUCAACAAGCGGAGAGGUUAAAACCACUCUGCUGUGGGACACGUUCAACACAGAGGCCCUCGACAGCCCGAGCGGCACAGGCAGCAGUGCGGUCCAGUUCAGCCUCGCGCACGAAACGCUCCCCGAAAUGCCGAGCUGUGACAGUCUGCUGAGCCUCGACGAUGAAGAAUUUGACAUGAAGAGUGAGGAUGAAGAUGAUUUCCUAAUCCCUUUCCUUAAGAGUCAGGAGAAGCGGUCGCCCCUUGCCACACUUCACCUGAGUCAGCAGGCGUGUGCCGACGGUUCCUUAAUGGAAAGAAGGAAGAGGACUCCUGAGUGUCUUCUAACGGGUCACAUGAGCCCAAGUUUGGACAAAGACUGGCUUAUGGAGCCCGCUAAAUCAAAUGAAGCCACAGACAAGGUUUUCUCCCUGGAUUUAGACACACUGGAGACGCCGUCGCCAGCCAAAAAGCAGGAGUACGGCCUCCCAAAACUGAUCACAUUCUCCCCAAUAGAUGACAUGAAGUGUUAAAUACAUUCCUGAGAGAACCCCCUUUUCCAGCCUUGACUGACUUAAACUGAUAUCUGAUUUUUAAAAAAAGUUUGCACAUUGAUGUAAAAUAACUAACUUCUGUCAUAAGUAAAUAUGUUUAAAUUUAAAAAGUAGACAUGAACUGCUUAAUAAAAUUGUAAAAAGUGUCAUCUUUAAGUUUUGUACAUAUUUGCAAUUCCUAGCUUCAUAAUGUUUCUUGUGCUGAAAAAGGAUCUCUAUCAUCAAAUCUUCCAUUUAAAAUGUGGGAAUAUAGUCCACUGUAUUCAACAAAGCUUGUCUGCAUCUUCCCCUUCCCAUUUACAUUGCACUUUUAUCAUGGUUGAAUUUAUAUCACCUCAGAUGUGAGGAAAAAAAAAACAGCUCAGUUGGUUUGAUGAAUAGAAAUUGUAAUAU